AUGUCUGUGCAAUUUCACCCACUCUUUAAAACAAUAGCUGAAAGAGACACCAGAAUUACCAUCACUCUAAAAAAUAAUAUCGAAUUAUCAGGAAAAUUGCACUAUAUCGACACAAACCUAAACAUGAAUAUCACAGAUGUAACAACUGAAGACCCACAUCUAGUAGGCGUCGAAAAAUGUUUCAUCAGAGGAAACUCAGUUAAAUUUUUAUCAUUUGACUAUCAGAAUAUCACCACUGAGCUUUUAGAUGAUCUGAUCCCAAGCUUUUUCAUAGAUAUAUUAAUUCUUUACACAAAAAAAUUAUUAAAUUUUUAAUAUUUUAAUUAAAGGCAUUUCUCAAAAUAGAUCCCAUAUUAGAACCUCAACUAAAAUAAAUAAUUCUAUUACUUUGAUCUAUAAAGAAAAGCCUCUUAGAAGGUGGAAGUAAUUUAGCAUAAUUCUAGUUCAUCUUUUAAUUUUAUUUCUUCGCCUGCACAGAUGAUCUGAUUAGAAGAGAGUCUCAAAAACUAGAGUAA